AAUAUUACGGUAACGCCUUGUAUCUCCACACCAGACGUCAUCCACUCAUUAUUAUUUUGGGCUUAUCGGCUUUGGCCCAUCUCUAAGGCAGUUCUCUGCUGAAGGAUCACUCGAGGCCUCCUUUGUUCUCUCGAAACUUUCUCCCAUAUCUGGCUUCUUCUUCCAUAUUUAUUGUCCUCAACACCGACUUCCUCUCACUCCUUUAUCCUCCUGAUCUUUGCUGUGAUUGAAAUUCCCCCUUCUAUCCACGGUUCUUCCUACCCCGCUGUCAGCGGGCCGUCCGAGUCAGCCGCUGUCGUCACCCACGGUUCACUCUCAGGUCAUAUACAGAGAUCUGUUGACCACCAUCAACCCACGAAUAUUUCGACCCGUUCUCUGGUCACACGGUCGAAGCUAAUCUACGGUAUUCAUGGCGCGGUACGACGACUACCGCUCCUCCUCCGAGAGGAUGGAGCGCACUCGAGAGCGCCGUUACUCUCGGCCUCCUGUCAUCGACCGUCCGCCCCGGUCCGAAGAAGAGCGCUUCGAAUCCCGUCUACACGAGGUUGACAGAUACGGUCCUCCUGCCCGCCGGUCGGACAGAUUUUACGAGGACGACCAUCUGGUUCAUAACUCGGGUCCACUGGUUACCUACGAACGGUCGCGCGGUGACAGCCCUCCCCCGCGCCCUCGCCUACUGCGCCGCCAGUCUUCCUUGGAUACGUUUGACCGCAUCCCCUCGCGCAAGCUAGAUGAAUACUACGUCCGCGGGCAUCUGCCUCGCGAGCCGCGUGCGCCUUCCAUUCCCCGGAGACGUCCCUCCCGCAGACACAGAGAGACUGAGUAUUACGAAGACAUUCGCAUCGCAGAGCCAGAUUACUACGGCGACGAGGAGUUCCGAAUCCUCCAGGAGCGAGAUCGGUACGCGGCUCAUCCGCGCCGGUCGACCGGUCGCGUUCGCGAGGAACUAGUUGAAGAGAUUGGAUACGAGAAGCCGUAUCCCCGCAAGGGCAAGACUCGCAUGCCUCGAAGACUGGUGCACACACUUGCGAUCAAGAAGUUGGGAUAUCCGUAUGAGGAAGAGGAGGACCGAAUCACGAUCCAGUUGGCUCUUUCGAAAGAGCAGAUCGACGAAGUCAUCAGCCUGAGUCGGGAGAUCAGGCGCCAGACAGAAACUCGGACCAUAUAUACUCGCCGGUCACCAUCGCCGAUUCGUGCGCGGCCAAGAGAGAGAACUGUUGAGCGACUUACGAUGGAGGCCAUCUCUCCCCGAGCCACCCAAGAGACAUGGAUCAUCGAAAGAUCGCCCUCCCGCCACCGAUCUCCGUCGCGCCAUUACGAGCUCAGCGAGAAGCGAGUGACGAGGGCUGUCUCCCGUACACGAUCAAUAUCAGUCCAUGGGCGCCGUCGCGGACUCUCCUCUCCAGUACGGCUGGUGGAGCGAUAUGAUGAUCACGUCGAUUUUGACAGGAGCGAUACCGGUCCUCUUGCCAUCGUCGUGCGCCCUCGAGACAGCGAUGAGGAUCUUCGCGAGCUCAGACGAUUGGAGAUCAGCGAACGAGACGAAAUGAUCCGUGACACCCAGCUCGCCCUUCCCAGUGGUGAGGUCGAGGAGAUUACCGAGGUGAGGAAAGACCGCAGAGGCCCCAAUCCCCGAAUUCUCCGCGCCAUGAUGGCAACCCUAACCUGAAGGAUGACUUUUAUGCGACUUCAUCCGACUUCAUCACGACUAACACCUUGUUUAUUCAUUUUCGGGUCUCUUGCUUCUUCGUUCCUGUAUCAUUAUGGAUGUAAUCCUUUUCCUUGGAGCAAUAUUUUUAUUUUCUGGCAAUGCUGGCGAGGCGAUUGACGAUGUUUAUCUCUUAUUGAAGAUAAAUUUGCUGAUUAAUAUACGACCCCCUGCGUUUGAUUGUUGCAUAUGUGCGACCUCGUGCAAUUUAUAUGUUUGCUUUAUCAUGAUUAUAUAUAUGGGCAUGUCGGCAGUUAACAGCAAUAGAUAAACCAGAGUGGUAA